AUGGAGUUCAACAGGGAGGAGUUCAGGAGGCAGCUGGGGGCCGGGCUGGGCCGGCUGCACCGGUUCCUGGAGCGCCGCCAGGAUGACCCCGAGAGCCUGGAGCUGAGCUCGGGGGGGCUCACGGGCGGGACCCCCACGGGCCCGCGCCCCCCGGUGCUGGACUGCACCUUCUGCGGGCUGCCCCGGCGCUACGGCAUCGCCAUCCUCUGCGGCAUCGGCUUCUGCAUCAGCUUCGGCAUCCGCUGCAACCUGGGCGUGGCCGUGGUCAGCAUGGUCAACCCCGCCCACGGGCAGCGCGCCCAGUUCAACUGGGACCCCGAGACCGUGGGAAUGAUCCACGGCUCCUUCUUCUGGGGCUACAUCGUCACGCAGAUCCCCGGCGGCUUCAUCGCGCAGAAAUUCGCCGCCAACAGGGUGUUCGGGCUGGCCAUCGUGUCCACCUCGGUGCUCAACAUGCUGAUCCCGUCGGCCGCGCGCACGCACGUGGGCUGCGUCAUCGCCGUGCGCGUCAUGCAGGGCCUGGUGGAGGGCGUGACCUACCCCGCCUGUCACGGCAUCUGGAGCAAGUGGGCGCCGCCCCUGGAGCGGAGCCGGCUCGCCACCACGGCCUUCUGCGGUUCGUACGCAGGGGCCCUGGUGGCCAUAAUGCCCCUGGCUGGGGUCUUGGUGCAGUACACGGGGUGGAGCUCCGUGUUCUAUGUCUACGGCAGUUUCGGGGUGCUCUGGUACAUGUUCUGGGUGCUGGUGUCCUACGAGAGCCCAGCCCAGCACCCGACGAUCUCGCCCGAGGAGCGGAAAUACAUCGAGGAGAGCAUCGGGGAGAGCGUGGGCAGCAACCCGCUGCUGCUGGCCACGCCCUGGCGCCAGUUCUUCACCUCCAUGCCCGUCUACGCCAUCAUCGUGGCCAACUUCUGCCGCAGCUGGACCUUCUACCUGCUGCUCAUCAGCCAGCCCGCCUACUUCGAGGAGGUGUUCGGCUUCGAGAUCAGCAAGGUGGGUGGAUUGCUGUCAGCUCUCCCCCACCUGGUGAUGACCAUAGUGGUGCCCAUCGGGGGGCAGAUCGCCGAUUUCCUGCGCUCGCGCGGCCUCAUGUCCACAACCAACGUGCGCAAGAUGAUGAACUGCGGCGGGUUCGGCAUGGAGGCCACGCUGCUGCUGGUGGUCGGCUACUCGCACUCCCGCGCCGUCGCCAUCUCCUUCCUGGUGCUGGCCGUGGGCUUCAGCGGCUUCGCCAUCUCGGGCUUCAACGUGAACCACCUGGACAUCGCGCCGCGCUACGCCAGCGUCCUGAUGGGGCUGAGCAACGGCGUGGGGACCCUGUCCGGGAUGGUGUGUCCCCUGAUCGUGGGGGCCCUCACCCGCCACAAGACGCGCGAGGAGUGGCAGUGGGUGUUCCUGAUCGCCGCGCUCGUGCACUACGGGGGCGUGGCCUUCUACGGCGUCUUCGCUUCGGGGAGCGCAGCGUGGGCGGAGCCGCCGCGCGAGGAGGCGGAGCCUCUGGCGCCGGGGGGGGUGGCCAGCGACGAGGAGGAGGAGGAGGAGGAAGGGGAGGAAGGGGGGGUGGGGGGAGGGGGACCCCCGGGGGGGCCCCCCGCGAGCUACGGGGCCACCGGGACCACCCCGGCCACCGGGGGCGGUGUCUGA